AUGGCUCUUCCUGACGGACCGCCUUUCUUUAUCUCAAAGUUUGCUGAAGUGGAUGAUGGUUUUCACAGCGAAGGCGCUGUUUUGGUGGGUGCUAACGGCGGUGAUAACGAGGCCUACGAGGAAAUGCCAUCGCAAGAGAUGGAGCUAAAGCUGCCAAGACCAUGCUCUUCACUGGAUGCGACAAAAACAGCCCAAUGGGCUUCAGCUGUAUUUAGCGGUAACGCGCAUAAUAUUCGGAUUUCUUCUACUGUCGGUGCUGCAAUCACUGCUUCCAGCCAAUUUACGGUGUCGAGCCUUUUGGGAACACGCAGAACGGAUCCUGUUUAUCAGGUUUAUCCCGUGCGCGAGAGGCCGUUUCUUGCACCUAAUCUCAUCAAGGCUAGCGCCGAACCUCGACCAUAUCCACCACAAUCAGGGGGAUCAAGAUAG